AUGCCCAUUAGCUACAGUGAGCCAUCUUCUGAUGAGGAAUACAUUGAGGACUACAGUUGGAUGUUAGAAGAUGCCAAGUUCGGCAUCCCGGAGAAGUGCAUCUGUGGUCGACUGAUCGAGCUACAAGGCAUGUCUGCUGAGGCGGUUAGGACUCCAGGUCGGCAAUACUACAGCUGUCCUGCAUGGUUAGAAGAGUAUGGAACUGGGGAGCAUAUCUUCAAGUUCUGGGACGAGGCAGUCACAGAGCAACUUGGCAUCCUGGAGAGAAGGAUUUCGAAUCAAAAACGCGACAUGGGAAGUGUUGAGAGAGUGCCGGAUACAAGCAUGGCACUAUUAAAGGAGGAGGUCCGAGUGAUUCAAGGGGAAGUGGCACGAUUGAAGGAGGCCCUAGCUAACCAAGGUGACAGCUACAUGUUACUAGGUUUUUUAUGUGUUGUUGCAGAGAUUACGUACAUGUUUAAGUAG